CCUUGCAUUUUGACAGGUUAGAUUAAAGUGGAAACUCGGACGACUGCUCUUUCUUCUGGUUUAUUCUGAGUACCAGAUUGUAUGAGCCGAUCGAAGGUGUAAGCUUGUAUCCUUCGUGUACUGCGACAUAACACGCAAAUACGCAGCAUUAUUCAGCUCUACUCUUUGCUUGGGUUUCUACUAGCCCCCUGCAUUAACAAUGGUCUUAUCCCUAGACCAAAUCAGCGACAAGAUCGUGCCAUGGCAUUCGAUGUACUAUGCUUUAGUAUGUUAUUUCUCCAUGCUGCAAUUGCUUCUGGCGGCAAUGUCAAUUCCAGUUUGGGUACCGAUGUUUUUCCCGGAAGCCGACACAGUGCACAGCCAUCUGGCAGUGGGAUACGUCUUCUACAUGUGGAUCGUCCUGUAUAAUUUUGCUGGGAUUGUCACCGGCUGCUGUUACAAUGGAAAGCACACCGAAGACCUGGAGCAGACUGGCCGUCACAGGGCACCGGGGUUUGGGCUGGCUCAGGCCUAUUUAGUUUGCAUGGUCACCAGCGUGCUGUUGGCACUGGGGACCAUUCUGCAAAUCGCUCUGCAAAGCGGACUGACACCUAUGCUGGACUUGGCGGCCGUGGCGUAUGCCUUUCUCAUUCUGAACGUCGUACUGAUUGUGUUCACCGUCAUUUCACUGAAGAAGGGCCGCCUGCCGGCCGCCGUUGUUUGCUGUUUGCAACGCUAUGAUGAGGAAGAGAGUGUGUGUACGGAGUGUAUGAAGGAUUAUUACGAUUGGACGGUGAUCCAGGCGUGUAUUAAGCUGCCGUGGGGAUUAUUUACACUGCCGUGGAUGAUCCUGGGUAGUAUUAACGACCGGGCUACCACUGGCGAAACCAUCGUUUUUGGGACGAUUACCGCGGCAUGGAUGGUCCUCUACAACGUAAUCGGACUUCUCGGAUUGGCAGCAACGACUCAGCCAUCUCCGCCGUCUCCAACGCCAACACGCAUCUUCGGUACCAUGCGCGGAUUUAAUUUCUUCGCGAUCUAUACAGUUUUGAUGUUGUGGAGUGCAGGAAUGGCUGCGUCUGCCGUCCUCGAAGGGCGCAACCUAGAUGCCGAAAAAACGGACUUGAUAUCAGCAGAUACGAAAGAAAAACUGAUGGGUCUCAUGAACCUCCUUGUAGAGCUUGUGUUUGCCAUGAUAUCGUACUGUAUGGGCGCGUAUGAGCCACUGAAGCGUACCAAAAAAGCAUCCCGUGAUGAUAUCGUGGAGACUGUUCCUCAACACGCUGAACCAUGCACUCCGGAUAUAAAUUCAACCGAUGCGCCAGCUACCGUGGCACUGCGUACUCCGAAUGCAAAUGCCAUCGAUGUACCACCUGCAUAUCAUGAAGUUGUGUCGCGAAAUGAACCGGAUGUCCCUCCGUCCUACGCACAAGUGACAAAUAUUUCCAAUGAUGACCACCAUAGCGGCAGGAUCGUUUCCCGGUGUCCGUUUUCCAGCUGGCACGAAGAGCGAGACUCUAUCAUUUAAAAGAAGCGUUCUGGAAAAUAUAAUGUCGUCCCAUCCGGCUGUUUAAACUAACCGAUUAUUUUUCUGCAAAAAUUAUGUUUUUUUAUCCUUUUAACCGCUCGGCACUUUUAUCCCAAAGCAGCAUACUCUGUAACUUUUUAUUGUACAAUUUUUUACACAUGAACUGUAGAACUAGAAAAAGUGGAACUACCGUAGAAAACAUUUUUUAAACGAAUAUUGCCCAAAUAAGUAAUUCUUGGUUCGAUUCAGU